AUGCUCACAACAGAGAACGCAGACGGUGCCAAAGGCUUCCAACUUGUCUGGACCAAGUUACUACCUCUACAGGAAAGCAGCAAAUGUGAAGGGUUUCGGUGCAAACAAUCGCGUCACUGCAUUGCAAAGGAAAUGGAAUGCAACGGAUACACAAACUGUGGAACGUACACCGAGGACGGUCAUACAAUCACUGAUGAUUCGGACGAAACCACCAAUUGUCAAGGUCCCAUUACUCACAGUUACCUGCACAUUGGAUUGGGCAUCCUUCUCACUAUCGUCAUGUUGGCCUGUCUCUCCAUCUACGUAAUUCAUCGGGAGUACCGGAAAGAGCGUAAGAAGGCUCACGAUCCCCUAGACAAUGUGCCAGGUGAUGAAGACGAGGAGGUUGCACCGUACAGUCCCCGACACACGGCAAGCGUGGAGGAGAAACAGUCUCCCUUCCCUAAGCAAUUUGUUGACACCGGUUAUCAUCACUGUCAGCACCUCAUUACAAGUCAAGCCUACCCGCCUUCACUGCAGAACGGAGCGGUCGGUGAAUCGGCGCCUCAUCAUCACAACACUGUCCACCAUGGCGUGGCUCACUACUGCACCUAUGACCGACCAAUCGUGUGCAGUCACAGUAGUAAUCACUCAGUGAAGAGUAGCCAUUCACCCAAUUCACCUGCCAUGUCACUGAAAAGUCGAGGCAAUUCGCACUGUUCCAUCUGCCCUUGUGGUCAUACCUUACUUAUCUCCUCACCGCCGCCACUGCCACUGCCACUAUUACAAUCACCACUCCACAGUUACAAUCAUACAAGCAGUAGAAGUGGCAGUUGUGGGAGUGAGACGAAGGAGAGGAUGCAGAAGGUUUCCAUUGUCUGA